AAUUGGGAUCGCAAUCAACGGCCGCGAUUGAAAUUUUGUAUAAACUCGACCAGUUUCGCAGCCUUACUUUAGCUUAGAUUCUCUAUCCCCUUCUGCACAGUUGAGCUUCUGAGUGGACGAGGGAGCUUCCGUCAUGUGUGGAAUCCUCGCAGUUCUUAGCUGCGUCGACAGCUCUCAGGCCAAGCGCUCCCGAAUCAUCGAGUUGUCUCGGAGGCUGCGCCAUAGAGGUCCCGACUGGAGUGGUUUGCAUUGUUUUGAGAACUGUUUUCUUGCUCAUCAACGAUUAGCUAUUGUAGACCCCACUUCCGGGGAUCAACCCCUUUACAACGAAGACAAGACCAUCGUUGUUACGGUUAAUGGAGAGAUUUACAACCACAAGGAAUUGAGAGAGAAGCUCAAGGGUCACCAAUUUAGAACUGGCAGUGACUGUGAAGUGAUUGCACACCUUUAUGAAGAAUAUGGAGAAGAGUUUGUGGACAUGUUGGAUGGCAUGUUUUCCUUCGUCCUUCUUGAUACUCGUACCAAAACUUUUAUUGCAGCUAGGGAUGCUAUUGGGAUCACCCCAUUAUAUAUGGGAUGGGGUCUUGAUGGAUCAAUCUGGUUUGCUUCUGAAAUGAAAGCUCUAAGUGAUGAUUGUGAGAGAUUUGUUUCUUUUCUUCCUGGUCAUAUAUAUUCCAGCAAACAAGGAGGCUUAAGAAGAUGGUAUAACCCUCAGUGGUACACAGAGAUGGUACCAUCAGGUCACUAUGAUCCUUUGGUUCUACGUAAGGCAUUUGAGAAGGCUGUUACUAAAAGACUCAUGACAGAUGUGCCAUUUGGAGUCCUUUUAUCUGGAGGAUUGGAUUCAUCACUGGUUGCUGCUGUUGCCUGCCGGAAUUUGGCUGAUUCUGAAGCAGCUAAUCAGUGGGGGUCACAAUUACACACCUUCUGCGUUGGAUUGAAGGGGUCUCCUGAUCUUGGUGCUGCUAGAGAGGUAGCUGAUUACCUUGGAACUCGUCAUCAUGAGUUCCACUUUACCGUGCAGGAAGGUAUAGAUGCACUUGAGGAAGUGAUUUACCACAUUGAGACAUACGAUGUGACCACUAUCAGAGCUAGCACACCUAUGUUCCUUAUGUCCCGGAAAAUCAAAUCUUUGGGAGUGAAAAUGGUUCUUUCUGGCGAAGGUUCAGAUGAAAUUUUUGGAGGUUACUUGUACUUUCAUAAGGCACCAAACAAAAAAGAGUUUCAUGAAGAAACAUGCAGAAAGAUUAAAGCUCUUCAUUUAUACGACUGUUUGAGGGCCAACAAAUCAACCUCAGCAUGGGGUGUCGAGGCUCGUGUCCCUUUUCUUGAUAAAGAAUUUAUAAGUACAGCCAUGAGCAUAGAUCCUGAUUGGAAAAUGAUCAGGCCUGAUCUUGGGAGAAUAGAGAAGUGGGUCUUGCGCAAUGCAUUUGACGAUGAGAAGGAACCAUAUUUGCCCAAGCACAUAUUAUACAGGCAAAAAGAACAAUUCAGUGACGGUGUUGGAUACAGUUGGAUUGACGGUUUGAAGGACCACGCAGAGAAACAAGUGACUGAUGCGAUGUUGAUGAAUGCAAACUUUAUCUACCCAGAGAAUACUCCUGCUACAAAAGAAGCAUAUUAUUACCGGACAAUAUUUGAGAAAUUCUUCCCUAAGAAUGCUGCUAGAUCAACGGUCCCAGGAGGUCCAAGUGUGGCAUGCAGUACUGCAAAAGCAGUGGAAUGGGAUGCCGCAUGGUCGAAAAAUCUGGAUCCCUCUGGUCGUGCUGCAUUGGGUGUUCAUGUAGCUGCAUAUGAGCAAAAGCUGAAUGGUAAAAUUGCGAAUGCACCGAAUGACUCUCCCCAAGAAAUCCAGUAACAGUCGAGGAAGCUGCGGCCAUAGCACAGUUCAAGUUCAGGCCUAGUUUCUGAUAUCCUCAUGUCAAGAAUGGAGUUCAUUCUUGAAGGAAAGAGUAAUAUUGCUUUUAGUCCUUUCCAGAUAUCCACCAUUUCCUAUUCUACAAUAUUCCGGAACUGAAUGUUGAUGAAAUAUUGCCUUUUGAAGUUCUAAUUCAUUUUACUAAUUGUGUUUGAACAGAGUUUUGAAAUUUCCUGGAAGACAAAGGUGGGAAUCUGGUUUUUCACCGUACAAAUAUGGACUACGUUUCCUGUAGUGUUUUUAAGGUUUGGUUCAUGUUUCCUUUUUAGUAACUUACGACACUGACAUGAUAAUAAAGGGUAAUAAUCCUGUUUGAUGUACUUUCCUUAAUCGAAGUUUAUCUUUUCUAGUUCA